UCUCCCACAAGUCACAUCAGGAAUGUGCACUUGGCUACAUGUCAUUCUCAAUAUAUCGCUUACCUGGAAUGCCCCAGUGACAUAGCAAGUGGAGUUAGCCUCUAUGUGUAGCCCAUCCUGUCGGUUUUUCUUACGAGCGAGAUUCUUCCAUACAGGACGUAGGCAACAGCGGAGCAAGCUGUGCAGGGAUGUGUUCGGUGCCAGCAUGGAAAGCGCAGCCAAACAAUUGCGGGGACUCGGAAAGCAUCAUUCAUUCAGAUAUGUAGACUCUAUAAACCCCAUUCAGUAAACCAAGUACAUUGAUUGAUAGAAAAUUGAUAGCUAAUUCACGCCCCUGCUCCAAGCGCACGGCCGAGAGCUUAUGGCGAUCAUUCGCAUUUCGAGUAGACGAUGAGGCAUUUCGGUUCUGACUAGGAAUUACCAAGGCUUAUACCAAUCCUAUAAAAAUUUAUGGAUAUUACCUCAUGAUCCAACAUUCGUCAAAUAUGAGAGGGGGAAUGAUCAGACGCAGCCGCAUGAACAAUUUCGCAGCAGACGUAUGAUGGAAUGCUUGCUGAACUCU